UCAAAAUGGCGGACGGAGGAGCAGCGAGUCAAGAUGAGAGUUCGGCGGCGGCGGUGGCGGCGGCAGACUCAAGAAUGAACAAUCCGUCAGAAACCAGUAAACCACCAAUGGAGAGUGGGGAUGGGAACACAGGCACACAGACAAAUGGCCUGGACUUUCAGAAGCAGCCUGUGCCCGUUGGAGGGGCAAUCUCUACAGCCCAGGCUCAGGCCUUCCUUGGACACCUUCAUCAGGUCCAGCUCGCUGGAACAAGUUUACAGGCUGCUGCUCAGUCCUUAAAUGUACAGUCUAAAUCUAAUGAAGAAUCUGGGGACACCCAGCAGCCAAGCCAGCCUUCCCAGCAGCCUUCAGUGCAGGCGGCCAUACCCCAGACCCAGCUCAUGCUGGCCGGAGGACAGAUCACCGGGCUCACGUUGACGCCAGCCCAGCAGCAGUUAUUAUUACAACAGGCACAGGCACAGUUGCUGGCGGCUGCAGUGCAGCAUUCAGCCAGCCAGCAGCACAGCGCUGCAGGCGCCACCAUCUCGGCCUCCGCUGCGACGCCGAUGACGCAGAUUCCUCUUUCUCAGCCAAUACAGAUUGCACAGGAUUUGCAGCACCUGCAGCAGCUCCAACAGCAGAAUCUCAACCUGCAACAGUUUGUGUUGGUGCAUCCAACAACCAACUUGCAGCCAGCACAGUUUAUCAUCUCACAAACGCCGCAGGGGCAGCAGGGUCUCCUGCAAGCGCAGAAUCUCUUAACGCAACUACCUCAGCAAAGCCAAGCCAACCUCCUGCAGUCUCAGCCAAGCAUCACCCUCACCUCACAGCCAGCAACCCCAACGCGCACAAUAGCAGCAACCCCCAUUCAGCCACUUCCACAGAGCCAAUCAACACCAAAGCGAAUUGACACUCCCAGCUUGGAGGAGCCCAGUGACCUUGAGGAGCUUGAGCAGUUUGCCAAGACUUUCAAACAAAGACGGAUCAAACUUGGAUUCACUCAGGGUGAUGUUGGGCUCGCUAUGGGCAAACUCUAUGGAAAUGACUUCAGCCAAACUACCAUCUCUCGCUUUGAAGCCUUGAACCUCAGCUUUAAAAACAUGUGCAAGUUAAAGCCACUUCUGGAAAAGUGGCUCAAUGAUGCAGAGAAUCUCUCAUCUGAUUCAGCUCUCUCCAGCCCAAGUGCCCUGAAUUCCCCGGGGCUGGGGAUUGAGGGCUUGAACCGUAGGAGGAAGAAACGCACCAGCAUAGAGACCAACAUACGUGUGGCCUUAGAGAAGAGUUUUCUGGAGAACCAAAAGCCUACCUCGGAGGAGAUCACCCUGAUAGCUGAUCAGCUGAACAUGGAGAAGGAGGUGAUCCGCGUUUGGUUCUGUAACCGGCGCCAGAAGGAGAAAAGGAUCAACCCACCCAGUAGCGGUGGAACCAGCAGCUCUCCCAUCAAAGCAAUUUUCCCUUGCCCAACCUCACUGGUGGCAACCACGCCAAGCCUUGUGACAAGCAGUGCAGCUACUACUCUGACUGUCAACCCUGUGCUCCCUCUAACUAGUGCUGCUGUCACUAGUCUGUCAGUCACAGGCACAACAGAAACCACCUCCAACAACACAGCAACCGUGAUCUCUACAGCACCUCCAGCUUCCUCAGCAGUGACUUCACCCUCUCUGAGUCCUUCCCCUUCUGCCUCAGCCUCCACUUCCGAGGCAUCCAGUGCCAGUGAGACCAGCACAACACAGACAACCUCUACUCCCUUGUCCUCCCCUCUUGGGACCAGCCAGGUGAUGGUGACGGCAUCAGGGUUGCAAACAGCGGCAGCAGCCGCACUACAAGGCGCUGCACAGUUGCCUGCAAAUGCAAGUCUCGCUGCCAUGGCUGCUGCAGCAGGACUAAACCCAGGCUUGAUGGCACCCUCACAGUUUGCAGCUGGAGGUGCCUUACUCAGUCUCAAUCCAGGGACGCUAGGCGGUGCUCUCAGCCCAGCUCUGAUGAGCAACAGUACGCUGGCAACUAUUCAAGCUCUUGCAUCUGGUGGCUCUCUUCCAAUAACAUCACUAGAUGCAACUGGGAACUUGGUGUUUGCCAAUGCUGGAGGUACUCCUAACAUCGUCACUGCCCCGUUGUUCCUGAACCCUCAGAACCUUUCUCUGCUCACCAGCAACCCAGUUAGCUUGGUCUCUGCAGCUGCCGCCUCCGCAGGGGCCUCUGGACCAGUCGCCAGCCUUCAUGCCACCUCCACCUCAGCUGAGUCCAUCCAGAACUCUCUCUUCACAGUGGCCUCUGCCAGUGGGGCCACUUCCACCACCACUACUGCCUCCAAGGCACAGUGAGCCGGGCUGAGCUGUGCUACCACCAGCCUGUUUCACUCUGCAGUGGGAUUGGCUGCCAGCUGGGUUUAUAAACUGAAAAAUGUGAUCGGCUUCCUCUCGCCAUGUUGCUGGGGACAAGGGAGAGAGACGGAAAAUAUAAAAACAAAACAGGAAGGAUUUAAAGCUGGGACAGACAUUUGCCUAAUUUUAUAAUAAACACUGUCUUUUCAGGAUCGCUUCAUGGAUCGGAGAGCUUUCUAACCAAAAAUGUAAAAAAACAAAAAACAAAAAAAAACAAAAAAAAAAAAGUGAAAGGACUACUUAUCAUUUCCAGCAGUCACAAUGACAAGUUAAGGUGGGUUAUCAACUCAAACAUAGGAAGGGGAUUUCUUAGUUCUUUUGGUCUAAAUAUCUUUUUUUUUUUUUUUUUUUUUAAUUAUCAUUUUAUAGGUCUGUUGUACAGGCCGUUAUGUCAUACAAGGUGUUUAUAAUCGUAUCAAUCGUGUUGGGGGUUCCUUUCUUAACUGGUACAAUUUAGGCAGGCCUGUAUUACUGGUGUAUCUCUAUUAUUAUUAUGGUUAUUAUUAUUAUUAUUAUUAUUUUUAUAUAUAUGGUUUGGACGCAUUUGUCUUUGCUCCUGGAUUGUUUUCAGUGAGCUCCCACACCAUAAGGAGGGGGGAGAGAGAGAGGGGAACAUAAGGAGGCUUCCUGUCCUAAUCUCCUGGGAGCGUUCCUCAGUUUCCUCAUCCUUGAACUCGUUUUACAGUGACUUGUACAGAGGUAUCAAGAGAGAUUAUUUUCACCACUUUUGCAGGAAUCUCGGUAUAGAGGCAGCAAGUUGUGUGCAAACCUCCGGGCUAGUCUCUGCUUUUAUGGUGAGGGAGGUAGAAAUAACUUCUAUACUGCAGCUCUCCUUCACCCAGCUACUUAGGCUAAAGGGCCAAAUUUUGCUCUAAGUUGCAUGUGCAUUGCUCGUAUUUACUUCAGAGAGCAGGAUUUGGCACUUAGAGCCCAGACUAUUUCAGACACCUGUUUUGGUGGUUCUACUGUAUUGUUAGGA